UCUCUCUCUCCCCGCCCGCCCGGGGCGGCUCCGGGGCCGCUCCUCCCGCUCGGCUCGGCUCGGCUCGGCUCGGCUCCUGCGGGGCGCUGGCUCCCCGCCGCCCCCGCCUCCCGCCAGGGAUGCUGCCCCCAACUCCCCGCCCGUCGCCUGAUACCACCACCACCACCACCGCUACCACCGCCGCCGCCGCCGCCGUCGCUUCUUGUUUCGCCUCCCCGGACUCCGCACCGCGGACACCUGCAGCAAGCCGGCUCCCCGCCGCCCGCCUCGCACGGCGGCCGAAGGAAUAAAAGCGCCCCCAGCCCGUCCCGAGCGGCCCGGCCGGAGAUCCACCCCCCCCCCCCCCCGCCCCUUCUUCCUCAAGCAGCCCCCGGAGCCCACCCGCUCCUCGGCCCCUCCAUCCCCGAAGAAACUUGGGACGGGGCCGGCCCCAGCCUCCCCGCCGAGCCCUGCCCGGGCUGCGGGGGGACCCUCCCCGGGGCAAUUUGGCGGAGGGGGGGGACCCUCAAGGCACCGCAGGACCCCGUCCCGGCUCCCUCCUUCGUUCCCUCGGCAGGGGCCCCCCCUAACCCCUGGCCUCGGUGCUGGGGAGGAGCGGGGGGGGGGGGGGGGGGUUGCCCUGGAUGGCCCUGCGCACUGGGACGGCUUGGUUUGGGCAGGUCCUGCGCAGAGUUUCCCGGCUCCAGGGCACCUGGUCCCGGCGCUCCAGCAGCCUCCUGUGCCUCUCCUCCGGCCAGGAGCCCGAGCACAAGCUGCCCCCCAGCAGCGGUGGCGGUGGGCGCCGCCGCCUCCCCCGGCAGCUGUCCCCCUGCUGCUGCUGCUGCUGCGGCUGCUGCGGCCUGUCGGAUCCCCGGGCGGCCAGGGGGGGACAUGGUCCCCUCACUCGCCCCUUGCUGGCGGCCAUGAAGAGGCAGAACGUGCGGACCCUGUCCCUCAUCAUCUGCACGUUCACCUACCUGCUGGUCGGGGCCGCCGUCUUCGAUGCGCUGGAGUCCGACAACGAGAUGCGGGAGGAGGAGAAACUCAAAGCCGAGGAGAUCCGGCUCAAAGGAAAGUACAACAUCACCAGUGAGGACUACCGGCAGCUGGAGUUGGUGAUCAUGCAGUCUGAGCCCCACCGGGCCGGUGUCCAGUGGAAAUUCGCCGGCUCCUUCUACUUUGCCAUCACGGUCAUCACGACCAUCGGUUACGGACAUGCUGCCCCAGGAACGGACGCGGGGAAGGCCUUUUGCAUGUUCUACGCUGUCCUGGGGAUCCCACUGACACUCGUCAUGUUCCAGAGCUUGGGCGAGCGCAUGAACACCUUCGUCAAGUACCUCUUGAAACGCAUCAAAAAGUGCUGUGGGAUGAGGAGCACUGAGGUCUCCAUGGAAAACAUGGUCACUGUGGGUUUCUUCUCCUGCAUGGGGACACUCUGCAUUGGAGCAGCAGCCUUUUCACAGUAUGAGGAAUGGAGCUUUUUCCAUGCUUACUAUUACUGCUUUAUAACAUUGACUACGAUAGGUUUUGGAGACUAUGUGGCCCUGCAGACCAAAGGGGCCCUUCAAAAGAAGCCUCUCUAUGUGGCUUUUAGCUUUAUGUACAUUCUAGUGGGGUUGACAGUCAUUGGGGCAUUUCUAAAUCUGGUUGUUCUCAGGUUCUUAACCAUGAACAGCGAGGACGAGAGGCGGGAUGCCGAGGAACGGGCGUCCCUGGCAGGGAACCGCAACAGCAUGAUUAUCCACAUCCAAGAGGACUCCCAGCAUGGUCGGCCGCGGUACAAGGCCGAAGUAACAGACCUUCAGUCAGUUUGUUCCUGCAUGUGUUACAGGUCCCACGAGUACACCAGCCGGGUGGUGUCCCACCAAAAUUCGUUCAGCUCAAAGCUGAACCCCCAGUACUUUCACUCCAUCUCUUACAAGAUAGAGGAGAUCUCGCCAAGCACAUUAAAAAACAGCCUUUUCCCAUCUCCUGUCAGCUCCAUCUCACCUGGGUUGCACAGCUUUACAGAUAACCACAGGCUGAUGAGAAGGCGAAAGUCCAUUUAAAGUGAUUUGUCUUCUUUUGCUUUCCUUGUUUUCCCCAGUUCCUCUCUGUUGUUUUUUUUUUUUUUGUUGUUGUUGUUGUUUUUGUUUUGUUUUGUUGUUUUCCUUGAGUGAGACGGAGCGAGGCCGAAGGGAGUAGAGAAAGCCAGUCCUCCUCUGAGACUCAGCUCUUGAGCAUGAAGCAUGGAUUAUUACUGUUCCAGCAAAGUAUGCCUUACAUUACCCCCUCGGUGGAUGUCAGAGGAUUCAAGGUGACGUGAAGUUGGUACCAAAUCCAAAGUUGCACACACAGCUGGGAGCCUUCAUGUGCCACUGGCACUCCUGACCUAAUAAACUAUUUUCCUCACGAGCAGGUUGCAGCGUGCGUGCUUGCGUGCGUGUUGGGUGCGUGUGGGUGGGUGUGUGCGCGUGCAAUUCCACAACUAGUGCCAUGUGACAAAAUUAAAGCAUCAGGUAUUAUUAUUUUUUUCCCUUGAGGCAAUUGUGUUCCAGCCUGCUUUUAACUUUUUAGAUUGCUUCCAAAAAGAACGGGGAGGCGGGGAGGGGAGCCAAUUUGUUUCCUUUUUUUGCCAAGACAAGCAUGCGCCAUAAGCAGUCAAUAUACCAGGUGUAUCAUGAUAAAUUUUUUUAAUGCUAGAUUUUAGAUUGUAUUAACAUUACAAAAAGGCAGGAAACGAUGGAUCAUUUUAGCUUGCCAGUUCAAAAUUAAAAAAAAAUAAAAUAAAGCAUGCACUUUGUAAAACUGGUAUGCAUAAUAAAAACACAAGAAAAACUAGCAAUGGAAUUAAUAAUCAAAAGCAAGUAAUCCUGUUGAUUUAACAAUAUUUACUUUCAUCAUUUGAAACUGUUCCAACAAUUUGCAAGUGGAUUUUUUUUAAGAGCAAUUGGGAGAAUUGUUGGAACUAGAGAGUGUAUUUUGUUGUUUUUACUUUAUUUAUAAAAAAUGUUAUUUUAUUAUUAUUUUAUUGUGCAGCAAUUACCUGCAUGAAUAGGAAUUAUAUUUUUUUUGAAUGCUUGGAUUAGGAUGGGUAUAAAUAGGUGGAUGUAUAUUUUUUCUUAUAUAAUAGUGACAGGGCAUUCCUUGUUUUAAAUAAAAAAAAAAAUAAAGAUGAUUGUCUCUAAAUGCUUUUGAUUUGUAAAUAAUGGAAAGCCUUUGUUGGUCUCAGGAAGAAUUCAAGGGACAGUAUCUUGUGUUUGGCUCACUGGGAACUUGUGAGAUUAGAUGUGAUAUUGCUUUUUUGCUAGGCAGAAAGGCAAAAUGCAUUUAGCAGUAAUGGACAAAAGCAGUUUUACUCCAGUGAUUAGAGGGUAACACUGGGAGUGAUUGCAUUGGCAAGCUGUAGUAGAUGAUGUUGAGACCAAGCUGUAGAGUUGUUCCUUGGAAAUUGUCCUUUGCUCAGUUGUUCAUCCGGACCAAACAGACUUUACAGAACCAAAUUAGAGGCCUAAUCCAGCUCCCUUUUAAGACAAUAGGAAUUUUCAAUGAUUACAUGAGAUUUAGUGUUUUGGGAGAUUUAUCUUUGAUUUGACGAGAGUAGGACUGGGAGUUUUAUAAACCUGCACCAUUGUAUCUGAUUUAAUCCUAUCUUUUAAAUUGCCUUCCAUGUUAAUUCGCCAUACAAAACCCAUUUUUUCUUUUGGCACUAAUCACUUUCUACUGAUUCUACCAUUUUGUGCUUUCAUUGUAAAAGCAAUAAUCCUCCUUUUUUAUAUAGAUAUUUUUAAGUAGAUGGUCUGUUUUCACACAAACUCCAGCUCUAAGCUGUGUGCUGAUGGAUGUUAAUACACUAUCAAAGAGGCAUCUAUAAAGAGCAUUAAUAGGGAGAAAGAAGGAAUGUCCUUCCUUCUCCGUUCUCCUUGUGUUUAAAUUACUAGCUAUAUCAAAUAUCUUCAUGUUCUCCCUAAUUUUGAUAUUUGUAUUUCAACGACUAAAUGAAAAGCAAGGAUCCAUAACUUUGACUUCCUUAUGCAACUUCUUUUGGGAUUUUACAUUGCUGUGGCAUGCAAAACUCAGUUAAAAUGAACGAAAAAUUAACUUAUACUUCUUAACGAGGAUAGAUGAGAUGGACUUUUUCAGCCUAAUAUGUGGGUAUAACAUCCUUCACCAUAGUAAGAGAGCAAGCUGGGUGCAUUAAUGAUGUGCUGCUGUUACCAUGUCCUAAGGCAAAUGCUGAUGGCAAAAAGUGUUGAAGCAAGCAUACCUAGAAAAGCAGUUUCAGGAUGUAUUAAACAACCCCUGUGAAAGCUACCUAGACACUGGUUUCUGGAGGGUUGCCCAUAGGGUUCACCGUGCUGUCAAAAUUCACUUUCAUAGUGCCAUUGCUGAUGGCAUCCCAGAACUGCAAAUAAUUGUAGUUUUUGUUUGUUUGUUUUGUUUUGUUUUGUUUUCCUGCUAGGGAGAUAAGAAAAAAUAUGUACAUGUCUGUAUCAUGUUCAAGUGCUGGGUAUAUUUGACACUGGGGUAAAGCAGGAAAAAUCUGGGUUUUUCAGGAGGGUGAAAUUCUAUCUGCCUAUUAAAGAUGAACUUUUGUAACAGGACUUUGAGCCAAAACUUUGAACAGUUUUGUGAAAAACAAAGUUGUAUUUUAAAAAGCAUUGGUUAGCUUUUUUUUUUCUUUCUUUCUUUCUUUUUUUUUUUUCUUUAGAAAAGGGGAAAAUUCUAUUUCUGCUGCAUAUAAAAUAAUUUUGAAUGUUCUAUAAAUCUUGUUGAACUCCAGAAAUUCAAAGCUGUUACAUGUUCUAGCUGAUUUGUUACUUAAUUUCCCAUCUGGAACCAUAAAUGAAGUUAAACAAAGGAUAAAUCUUAGCACAGGGGGUAUUUUAACCAGGGGGACAACUUACCUAGGGGGUCAUAGGUUGUCUGCCACUUAAUGUUUGCAUUAAAACUCAAUGGCUUUCUAAAAACUCUAGUUUAGCUUAGUCAAAGUUUAUGGAUUUUGUUGAAGAAUCUACGUGUGUUUAUACAAUGGAGCCAGAGUAGAUGUUUGUAGUGUUACUUUUGAGUCUAAAAGAUGUAGGGAGUUUGUAUAUUGGAAAGCAUUUUGGAAAAUAUAUUUGCAUUCCUUAGGAUUAAAAAUUAUUUUAAUUUAUUUUUACCUUCUGUCUGAAGAACUCAAAAUUCGGUCCAGUCUAUAUUUUUGGUGCACAUAAGAUUUUAAAGUGGCAAGGCAUUUCCUUUGCAAGCCUCCAUUUGUUCAGACACUUGUAUGAGCUCCUGCAGGACUUUUCUUUGUGAGCAACCACAAAUACAAGAAUUGUGUGCACGCAUCAGUAAACCAAGCAAAAUAUGCUAAAAAUGCUUAUCUCUUGUUGUGUUUGUGAUUCUUGACUGAUGCACAAAUAUUGACUUGAGCUGUCUGUAACUGGAACAUGCAGUAUCUUGAAAGAGUAGCCUUUGUCCAAGGUUAAUCCCGGCUUUUCACUAAAACAUGUAAAAUCAGUCAGUUAAAGUUGAGCUGAUUUUUGUCUGCUCCAUCUCUGGCUACUUAUGGCCCUACCAACUUUCUUCUUACAAUGCCACUUUUCACAGCAUAUUUUCUUUGGUACAUUACUAUUUUAUUCUACUUAAAAUAUUAGUUCUUUAAGAACAGCUUUUCUUGCUUUCUACUCACUCUUUCGAAAUACAGCUAUUUUCUUGAAAUUUUGAGCUUGAAGCAGGUAGUAGUGGUGCCAGUUAUGAUAAUACAUUCUAAUAUCCAAAAUACCUAACCUAUAUUUCCAUAGCACAGAGACUUUUGCUAUCACUUUUUGAUGCACUCUCAUUCCCCAGAGUCUCAUUUCCCCUAUUAUUAAGCAUUCAAAAUAAUAAUAAUAAAUCAGAUUAAUCUAUUUAUGUCACACUAAUGUGCUGUUCAUCAAAACAACGCAAAUUUAGCUCCCUGCUGUCGACUUUGAUUAUAUAACAACCCCAUUAUCCUAUCAUAUUUCAUAUUAUCAUCAAAGGAAAAAAUCAGUUUGAUCAGUGAAGCACCAAAAUAGCUUUGACUAAGCAUACUGUGAUUUGCAAACGAAAGAGGAAACAAUAGAGCCACACAGGCACAACUCUUCUUGCUCUUCUUUACUGCAUAAAGAAGAUCACAACUGAUCUAACUGGGGCUGCUUUGCCCCAGUACAUAUUUGUGCUCUACAAGGAUGAAGGGGACAUCUUUGGAAGGGGUGUCUGGAUGUUACAUGAUGAUGUCUGGAUGAAGGAUUCCAAAUACAUUCCUGGUUGUUAAUGAAUGGAAAAGAUGAACAGUGAUCCUCAGCAAUAGACCUCAGUUUGGACUCCUCUGUAAUAGCUUAUUAGAACAACAUUAGCAACAUUA